AAUAAUUAGCAAUAAAAAAAGAAGAAAGAAAAUUAAUUAAAAGAAGAAGAAAAAGUUCACAAAUUCUUUGAAAUGUUCUUAUCCAAUUUAUUAAAAAGAUCUGCCUAGUUCUUGCCUAAGUCAUCCAAGCUCUCUUUCAACCCCUAAUACAAUAUCAUCUUGCAUGAGUACUAGGUUAUGGAUCUUUUGCAAAAGUACGACCUUCCUGUUAUUAGCGGUAGUGUUGCCACCAGUGCUGAAUAAGCAUUGAACGUUGCUUAGUAAUUAAAGAACUCAAAGCCCACUAACCAAAGCUAAGGUAUCACAUUCACAGAUUUUGUCGUUAAAGCUUAAAUUCAUGCUGGUGGAAGAGGAAAAGGUUUCUUCAAAGAAAAUGGUAUGUAGAGUGGUGUUUAAUUCGCUACCUCUCCUUAAGAAGUAAAAGAUAUUGCUGAAAAAAUGCUUGGUAAAACCCUCAUUACUAAGUAAACUGGCUUAAGAGGUAGAAGUGUCAAUUCAGUUUUGGUAGUUGAAAGAACUUUCUUGAGAAAGGAAUUAUAUUUGGCUAUUACUUUAGAUAGAAAGCAAGGAGGUGUUGUUAUUAUCUGCAACGAACGUGGUGGUGUUAACAUUGAAUAAUAGGAUGAAAGUUCUGUCAAAACUCACUUUGUCAACGUUCAUGAAGGCCUCACCUAAUAAACUCUUGAUGAUAUUAGCAAAUCCCUCAAUCUUGGAUCCCAAUACAACGAUUAGCUUCAUAAGAUUGUUAAAGGUUUGUAUAAGUGUUUCAGUGAAACUGAUUCUACUCUUUUAGAAAUUAAUCCUUUAGGUUUGACUAUUGAUGGCAAGCUCCUCAUUUGUGAUUAAAAAAUGAAUGUUGAUGAUAACGCUGCAUACAGAUAACCUGAAAUUGCACAAAUGGAAGAUAUCACCUAAAAAGACUCAAAGGAAAUCGAAGCUGACUAAAAUGCUUUGAAUUACAUUGCUUUGGAUGGUAAUAUUGGUUGCAUGGUUAAUGGUGCUGGUCUUGCUAUGGCUACUAUGGAUUUAAUCUAAUCUAAAAAUGGUAUGCCUGCUAAUUUCUUAGAUUGCGGUGGUAAGGCUGACGACAGAUAAGUCUUCGCUGCUUUAAAAAUUAUGGAAUAAGAUCCUAAUGUUGAAGCCAUUUUCGUUAAUAUUUUUGCUGGUAUCACAAGAUGUGACAUCAUUUGUUUAGGUUUGAUUAGAGCUCUUUCUGAAUUAGGUAUGAAAAAACCAAUUGUCCUUAGAUUGAAAGGAACUAAUGUUGACGAAGCCAAAUAAAUUAUCCAAGACAGUGGUUUUAAUAUGUUAGUCACUGAAGAUCUCUCUUAAGCAGCAGAAAAGGCUGUUAAGAUGGCUGCCAUUCUUAGAAUGGCCAGAGAUGCUAGAAUUAAUAUCCUCCUCACAAGUUGA